AUGAUUAGAACCAGCUUCAAGCAUUCCAUUGAGACCCGCAAUCAACUGCUGCACAGGCGGCACUUCGUAGUUGCUGCGGCAUUAACUGUGGGCAAUUUCGUUUUUGGACGUGAUGCUCGCCUAGCGGAUGCUAUGGAUAAUGGGGAGCUCCACAACAAAAAUGAAGACUACAAGGCAAAAGCAGAAGAAUUGAAGGAGCAGAGGCUAAGAUCAAUAGCCAAUUCACGCCCAAUGAAACCUUGUUACGAGGGACAUGUCCCGCUGUACCCCCAUGAGCGCGUCUUGCUCUUUAUCACGUCAGGUCUAAAGUCAUACUUUCACCCCGAGGAUGGUGAGAACAUUGUUCAGCUGGGUGAGGCUUCCGCAUUUACGCCCUUUCUUGAACGCUUGAAGAAUACUAUGCUCUCUGACAAAACCGGGCGGAGGAUUCUUCGAGAACAACCAGAUAUCACAUCGGAGAGCUUAGAUAUGGACCGGUUGAAGAAGAUGGCACCUAACACUUUGGGCCAUAGCUAUUAUAAGUGGCUGAUUAAAGAAGGCGUUUCGCCCGAUACGAGAGCACCUGUCAAGUACAUCGAUGACCCCACACAUGCCUACAUUUUCAAGAGGUACCGCCAAUGUCACGACUUCUACCAUGCUGUUAACGACCUUCCCAUUAUUAUUGAGGGCGAGAUAGCGGUCAAGGCCUUGGAAGCCGCAAACAUUGGCGUGCCAAUGGCUGCUUUGGGUGCUCUGCUGGCACCCCUCCGCCUCAAACCUGUGCAGAAAAAGCGGUUGUAUGAUGUGUAUUUACCAUGGGCUGUUCGGACGGGUCUCAGCUGCGAGCCACUGAUUAACGUGUACUGGGAGGAGCUGCUAGAGCACGACGUUGAGGAACUGCGCAAGAAACUGCGGAUUACGCCGCCUCCUGAUCUCAGAGCCAUUCGCCGGGAGCGUGCACAGCAACGCAAGCAGUUUAAGCUGAAGUACGAGCGCCACGAGUAG